AUGUCGCUGCCGCAAUCCACGCAGUGUUGCAGGGUCAUCAACCGCCGAGUUCGACCGUCAUGUGAGAGCGUGUGGAUUCCCGAGAGCGCGCUCGCGAGCGCCUUCGAGCAGUACUGUUCCGUAUCGAGGAUCACGAGCCGACGCAAUGGAUCCAACAUUCCCGGCCCGCUGGAGAAUCGGAGGCGGUUGGGCAAGAGACACAUGGGGGAGCUCAACUUUGGCCACACACAUAGCACCGCGCCUUUGUGGGAUCUGGCAGAUGCUGUUGAUUUGACACAAUGGAAGUGGAAACCUGCGACCCGGUUCGAGGUCAGAAACGCGACGGGAUUGUUGCUGGGCCGUCUCCAGAGCCGUCUCCGGGACUGGUGUUCUACGAUAUUCCGCGUGGAGGCGGCUGCUCCUGCGGACUUGACCCUGCCUGAAAGCCCCGGAGCAAACGUGUUCGGCAAUGCUGAACAACUUGCAAAGACUGCAAUCGAUUUGUUUCUGACGCAUACCCAGUCCGGCGGGACAUGGAGAGCAAACGACGAGUUUGUAUCCUUCUGCGCGAGGCUGAAAGUAUUGAUUGUCGAACAACGGGUCUCACGAGCGGUUCUCAGUAGGUUCGUGAGACGCUUGCCGCAAGAGGUACGCAGUCAAGCCAAGAAGUCCGGCGCUGUUCCGAGUGCAAGCGACACUGGCGUCUUCGUCUCCCACCUGUACAAUGCCGUGCUGGACGGAAUCUUGAUGAGCCGCUCUUUGCUUGGCUACUCAAUCAGUCAUUACCACCCGGUUUACUCGGAUCUACUAGAUCAGACCUCACGCCUUGGGCGCAUUGGAUACAACAAGCUUGCUCUACUACGGCGGAUCAUGUCCGACAUCCCUCGAGAAUCGGUAGGCCAAUUCGAAACAGAGAUCGUUUCCAAUAUCACCCAACUCCUAUACGUACUCCAUCAAGAUCACGCUGUCAUCUCACAGAUGAGCUUAAAUCGCCGGAUCAACAAUAUCCGCAGCUGCUUGGAGACCCUAACCUCUAAUGUAACCGCACACCGGGCCAUUCUGGAGAAAAUCACACAGCGGAUAGCGAAGCGCGAUAUUUUUGGCUUCAACAAGUUGAGAGAUACGCAUUACCUAAAUGUGCGCCUCGAUUGGCUGGGUCUUCUAGCUCGGCUACCUCAAGUAGAGGACAACUUCUUCGGCAAGGCAUGCUCUCUCUUGGAGAAAGACAAGGCCACCAAGGCAUGCUCUCUCUUGGAGAAAGACAAGGCCCCCAAGGCAUGCUCUCUCUUGGAGAAAGACAAGGCCACCAAGCCACUAUCACAAAAGCAACUAUGCGAGUUGUUCCUGCUCAGACUCAAUCGACGACAUGUGGCAGUUGAUCCACUGACUACCAAUGAAACCGUUGCUCUUCAUAAGGAACUCAGAUCGAUCCCGGAUUCUCAAUGCUUCGCCCAAAUAAGUUCUACGCUUUGGAAGAAGGGGAGAUUGGCACAGGUCAAAGAACUUGCCUGCUUUCUCCUAGACACGAGCCGACCGCACGAUAUUUAUUAUAUCAUCGGCGGGUUGGAGAUGUACGCCCGUGGGGAGUCUAAAGCGCUCGCUGACCUAGCGAUUCGUCUUGGCGACCCACAACUGGCUCUAUUGGUGUACAUCUGUUACCACCAGAGCCGUCAAACGUCGAGUGACACCUGGAGGACGAGCUUUGCCAAUGAGAUCAUGCCUACAUUUACGGCGCUUGGCGUAAACCCGGGAAUGGUUCUUGACGCACUUAAAGUCCACCCUGUGCAGUGCCCAAGCAGAAGCAGAGAACUCUCGCAGAGUCGCGUUCAACGGACUGAGAUGGCUGCUCUUGCGAUUGCACAUUCACGACGUAUUUCAGACAGAGUUGCUUUCACGAAUGUCAGCCGCUGCGUCAGAUUUCUCCAAAGCCACAAGCAUCGGGUUACGCCACAGGUUCUGGGUGCCCUUUACUACGUUGUCACGAGGGACCUUGAGGAUGGAAGACCAGGGCGACAGACUCGACUCCGUUGGUUCUUGCAAUUGCUGUCAAAGGAAUCUGACCAUAACAACGUUCUCAAAGUUGGAAUGAGGUUGAAGGAGUGGCGGGCACUUUACCGUAGAAGGAAGCAGAAACGACCUUCCGUUGAAGAGGAGGCGAACAUGCAUUAG